AUCUCUUUUCUUCCUCUCAUUCCUUCUCUCCUCGCAUCCUUUCAAACUCGUUUUAAUUUUAUCAAAUAAUGGCCGUUGUUGAUAAUUCUGAAUUUUCAACUCCUCUUGGACCGCCUGCCUGCGAGAAAGAUGCCAAAGCCCUUCGUUUUAUAGAAGAAACCACUACUAAUACUGACUCGGUUCAGCAAAGGGUUUUGGCUGAGAUUCUCACCCAAAACGCUCACACUGAAUAUGUCAACCGGUUCCGGCUCAAUGGAGCUACCGACCGGGAUACCUUUAAAUCCAAAUUUCCUGUUGUCACUUAUGAAGAUCUCCAACCUGAUAUUCAACGUAUUGCUAAUGGCGAUCGCUCUCCUAUUUUUUCAUCCCAUCCCAUUUCUGAAUUCCUCACCAGUUCUGGGACAUCGGCUGGAGAGAGAAAAUUGAUGCCGACAAUUAAAGAAGAAAUGGAACGGCGUCAAUUACUAUACAGCCUUCUCAUGCCCAUCAUGAAUCUGUAUGUGCCGGGAUUGGACAAAGGAAAAGGACUCUACUUUUUAUUCGUGAAGGCGGAGACUAAGACUCCUGGAGGUUUGGUGGCUCGUCCAGUACUGACUAGUUAUUACAAGAGCGAUAUCUUCAAGACUCGGCAUUAUGACCCUUUCAAUGACUACACUAGCCCUAACGAGGCGGUUUUAUGCGCUGAUUCUUUUCAAAGCAUGUACACUCAAAUGUUAUGUGGCUUGUUGAUGCGUGACCAAGUCCUCCGCGUUGGUGCGGUUUUUGCCUCCGGUCUCCUCCGUGCCAUUCGCUUUCUCCAGCUUAACUGGAAACAGCUGGCACACGACAUCUCCACCGGAACCCUAAACCCUAAAAUCACGGACACUUGUCUUCGUGAAUGUAUAACCUCCAAAUAUCUAACAAACCCGAAGCCGGAGCUGGCGGAAUUCAUCUCAAGUGAAUGCUGCACGGAGGAAUGGGAAGGGAUUAUCACGAGAAUUUGGCCGAAUACUAAAUAUUUGGAUGUGAUUGUGACUGGAGCCAUGGCUCAGUAUAUUCCCACCCUCGAGUUUUACAGCGGUGGUUUACCCAUGGCUUGCACUAUGUAUGCUUCUUCCGAGUGCUAUUUUGGGGUAAAUUUAAACCCAAUGUGUAAACCCUCGGAUGUGACCUAUACCAUCAUGCCAAACAUGGGUUACUUUGAAUUUCUCCCCCAUGACUCGUCGUCGCGAGCUCCCGCUCUUUCACGUGACUCCCCACCCCGACUUGUUGACCUUGCCGAUGUCGAAGUUGGGAAAGAGUACGAGCUUGUUAUAACUACUUAUGCUGGAUUGGUUCGAUACCGGGUUGGUGAUGUCCUCGAAGUCACUGGUUUCCAUAACGCCGCUCCGCAGUUCCGAUUUGUGAGGCGGAAGAAUGUUCUUUUGAGUAUUGACUCUGACAAGACCGAUGAGGCCGAGCUCCAGAAAGCGGUCGAGAACGCGUCGUCUCUUCUACGAGAGUUCAACACCACUGUGGUGGAAUACACAAGUUAUGCAGAUACCAAAACAAUCCCUGGACAUUACGUUAUAUACUGGGAGCUUCUUGUGAAAGAUAAUGAAACAAUGAAUUCUCAUCCAACGGAUGAGAUUUUAAACCAGUGUUGCUUGGCUAUUGAAGAAAGUUUGAACUCGGUUUACCGACAAGGCCGAGUUGCGGAUAACUCAAUUGGACCAUUGGAGAUUAGGGUGGUGAAAAACGGGACAUUUGAAGAGUUAAUGGACUAUGCGAUCUCGAGAGGCGCGUCGAUCAACCAAUACAAAGCACCACGGUGCGUAAACUUCACACCGAUUGUCGAGCUUCUUGACUCUAGGGUAACUUCGUUUCACUUCAGCCCAUCAAAGCCGCACUGGACACCAGAACGACGUCGUUGAGGUUGACAACAAAAAUAAAAAUUUCACAUUAAAAAAAAAAUUGAAAGCGACCCAUAUGUAUAAAAAGAUUAUUAUGAUGAUGAUGUAGAAGCCAAAGUAGAAGAGGAUAGAGUUUGAGUUUGUUGGAUUAUGCAUAUGGCUUUUAGAAGUGUCUUUUGAUUAUUAUUAUUAUUAUUGUAGAGUUUUGUGUUUUUUUUUUUUUAUUUCUUAGUGAAAAUUAAUUUCUAAGUUCAUGUGUCAUGUCUGUGCAAUAAGGUUCAAGUAAUUAAUGUCUAAAAUAUGGGCUUCAUGAUGUAAUUGUUCUUUUACAAAAUAUGUCUGUUGGUCUAUUAUAUAUUGAAUCUUUUUGUCUUUGGCUU